CGUAUCCGGCGUGUUGACCGCCUUCCUCAUUUGGCAACAUGGCGCCGGUGAUGGUAACGUUGAAAUCCGGCUUUCACUUUCAAAGACGAAAAUUAGCGCUUCUCCUUCGACAAACGAGCUCAUAUCACAUUUGGAAUAAAACUCGCCCUGAAAACGGGACUGAACAUAAACGCCAAAGUAACGUUACAUAUCUGCCGAGUUCCCCUCCACACCUACGAACAGCAACAUGGACUACAAACAGGGUCGAAAACAACCGUCGGAUUUUGGAGGCAGUAAAACAUUUACAGAUAACAGACAAAAGAACAUGUUGGCACGGACAUGCAGGAGGAAAGCUGAAUGCAGAUCCAAAAAAUCUGAUGAACGAGGUGAAUUCAUCCCAGAUCCUGUCUGCAAUGCUGUCUUAUGUGUGGCCAAAGAAUAGACCAGACCUGCGGGCCCGUGUUGCCAUCUCUCUCGGCCUGCUCGCUGGAGCCAAGAUAACCAAUGUGACGGUGCCCUUCAUGUUUAAGUAUGCAGUGGACGAGCUUAACCAGAUGUCGGGACACAUGCUGAACCUGAAUGACGCGCCAAGCACUGUGGCUACCAUGGCAACGGCCAUGCUGAUUGCCUAUGGCACCUCACGGGCUUGUGCAGCCCUAUUCAACGAGCUGAGGAACACAGUGUUCGGCAAGGUGGCCCAGAACUCCAUCCGACGAAUCGCCAAGAACGUCUUCCUCCACCUGCACAAUCUGGAUCUGGGUUUCCAUCUCAGCCGCCAGACAGGAGCGCUGUCCAAGGCCAUCGACCGCGGCACACGGGGUAUCUCAUUUGUCCUUAGUGCGCUCGUCUUCAAUCUUGGACCCACAGUCUUUGAGAUGAUCCUCGUCAGUGGCAUCUUGUAUUACAAGUGUGGUGGACAGUUUGCAGCAGUGUCCUUGGGUACCUUAUCAGCAUACACCAUCUUCACCAUUCUCAUCACUCAGUGGAGGACACGUUUCCGGAUAGAAAUGAACAAAGCAGACAAUGAAGCCGGCAACGCAGCUAUUGACUCCCUCCUUAACUAUGAGACUGUUAAGUAUUUCAACAAUGAGAAGUAUGAAGCUAAAAAGUAUGAUGGAUACCUGAAGACCUAUGAGUCGUCCUCUUUAAAAACCACGUCCACGCUCGCCCUGCUCAACUUUGGCCAGAGUGCCAUCUUCAGUGUCGGCCUCACUGGUAUGAUGUUGCUGGCCAGCAAGGGCAUUGUGGCAGGUACGAUGACUGUGGGAGACCUGGUGAUGGUGAAUGGGCUGCUCUUCCAGCUCUCCCUCCCCCUCAACUUCCUGGGCACAGUCUACAGAGAGACCCGGCAGGCCCUAAUAGACAUGAACACUCUUUUCACCCUGCUCAGCGUCGACACCAAGAUCAAGGAGAGGGAUCUCGCCCCGCCAUUAGCCAUCGCACCGCAGGGGGCCUCCAUUCGCUUCGAGGACGUCUAUUUUGAAUACCUGGAGGGCCAGAAAGUGCUAACUGGAGUGUCCUUCGAAGUUCCUGCUGGGAAGAAGGUGGCUAUAGUUGGUGGCAGCGGGUCAGGGAAAAGCACCAUUGUGCGGCUGUUGUUCCGCUUCUUUGAGCCCCAGCGGGGGAACAUCUACAUAGCGGGGCAGAAUAUCCGAGACGUCAGCCUUGACAGCCUGCGGAAGUCUUUGGGGGUUGUACCUCAGGAUAGCGUUCUGUUCCACAACACCAUCUUCUACAACCUGCAGUAUGGGAACUUUAACGCUACACCAGAGGAGGUGUACCAAGUGGCGCAGCUAGCAGGCAUCCAUGAUGCGAUCCUCAGGAUGCCCCAUGGCUAUGACACCCAGGUUGGGGAGCGAGGGCUCAAGCUGUCAGGAGGGGAGAAGCAACGUGUCGCCAUCGCCCGCGCAAUACUAAAGAAUCCACCUGUCCUGCUGUAUGAUGAAGCAACAUCCUCCCUCGACUCUAUCACCGAAGAGAACAUCCUGACUUCAAUGAAGGAGAUGGUGAAGAACAGGACAUCAGUGUUCAUCGCCCACAGGCUUUCCACAAUCGUAGACGCAGACGAGAUUAUAGUGCUCAAUGAGGGUAAAGUGGCAGAGCGAGGCAACCACGACACCCUCCUCAGUACCCCUGGUAGCUUGUACGCAGACCUGUGGAACGCCCAGAACAGCAAAACCCUCAACAUUAACAAGAGCUUGCCCAAGCCGCCACCUGAGCACAUAUCCCAGAAGGAGGAGGAGAGGAAAAAAUUGCAGGAGGAGAUCCUCAACAGUGUUAAGGGCUGUGGGAACUGCUCCUGUUGAGAGAAGCUGCUGCUUCAGUGUCUCUACAUCCCUCACAGAUGGCCUACACUGGAAUCCCUGGUCUGUACAGUAUUUGGGAGGGUGCUGAGUGUGGUUACAUCCCCUCCACCCACUUAAGCCAAGCUCCCCCUUGUGACUAUUUCUCCUCCUCAUAUGAAUAAAGGCCGCUGCUCGCCAAAGUGAAGGAGGAAGAGCAGAACAGGGAGCAAGUGUGUUUAGCACUGGCUGGUGUCCAGAGAUAGAGCUUUUAUGCCAGUUAUUUCAGCUGAAGCCAAGCAUAAGAGACCUUGUAUAUCACAUACGUGUGUGUAAGACAUCUGUUAGUCAACAUGGUUGCCCCCCCCUCCUCUUCAUUUUUGACAUCAGGUUUAUUGACAUCUUCCAUUGCAGUGGAAACAUAUGAGAGUACACGUAAUGACUUACAUAUAUGCCUUGAUGUUGACACACAGUUUCUAUUGAUUUGAUUUUUUUUUCUUAAUUUAUUUUCAAAAUAAACUCAACCCAUAGUUUGUUUUUUAUAUUGAGGAUGUGCACAUACUGCAAUGUAUUCUGCAAAUAGAAAUACAGAAUUACAAAGAUUGUCUUGCAGUAUGUGUUGGUUUGAAUAACACUUUUUCCUUUAGCAGACGCUUUAAUCGGAUUCAAUCAUAAUGCACAUUGCCCAUGCCAUUUUAAUGCAUGUUCUAAAAAUAUCAAAAUUGGCAGAUAAUCAUGUCUUCUUGAUUCAACUCACAGCAUAAUAUGGAUGUUUGGGCUCAUGCAAAAUAGAUCCCCAGUGAAUUAGCAGUUUGUCACUGUCACAUUCAUGUAAAUAUAACACUCUGAGAUUGACAAGAUGUAACUCUAAUAAAUCAUUAAUGGUGUUCAGCACAAUUGGAGCCACAACAAGAGACAACAACUUGAAAGUCUCCUCUGGGAACGUGUCCCUGUCAUCAUUUAGCCUUGGUUGACGGGCCCUUUUAAAUGAAGUUAUUCCAAGUUUUAACAGUGCUAAGACAGCUUUUUGGAUUGUAUGGUCACAAUACAAAGAUUUAUUCCUGAAGGUUACAUGAAAAUGUUAAUAUUUAAAAGCUUGACAGUACACUAAUGUCCUCAUUUUCUGAGGGCUGUUUUGGUCUGUGGGGUGCACAUUUUGUUAGGAAUCUUGGUAUGUCAUUGUAUCUAUGAAUGAGUAAUUCUUGUACUAUACACACAAUGUGAAAACUUAUUCAUAGUAUUCUGAACUAUGUUGACUGUGUGAGUACACUGCAGACAGAUGAAUAAAUGUUGGAUUUGUCUAAAUAA